AUGUGGCCCAUCUGGGGCGGUUCUUGGCCAGCGUCCGUCGGCUCUGUCACGGCGGUGCUGCUCCUCGCCGCCGUCAUCGUGCGCCUCUUCGUCCCCCGUGCCUGGUCUUCAUCAGGAAUUAGGAGGCAGGCAACUGCGAGCGGCGCGGCCGGAGCACGGCUCCCUGCCGGCUCGCUUGGGUGGCCGCUCCUCGGCGAGACGCUGGCGUUCAUCCGGGCUGCGUAUUCCCCCCGCCCGGAGUCCUUCGUCGAGAAACGCCGCCUCUUGUACGGCAGGGUGUUCAAGUCGCACCUGUGGGGUUCGCCGGCGGUGGUGAGGUCGGACCCGGAGGUGAGGCGCGCGGUGCUGCAGGCCGACGCGUCGGCGUUCGUGCCGUGGUACCCGCUGUCGCUCAUGGAGCUGAUGGGGCAGUCGUCCAUCCUGGUGCUCGGCGGCGGCCUGCAGCGCCGGGUGCACGGCCUCGCGGGCGCCUUCUUCAAGUUGCCGCAGAUCAAGGCGCAGGUCACCGCGGACAUGCAGCGCCGCGUCGGCCGCGCCAUGGACGCGUGGAACAGGCGCCACCACCGGAGCAUGAGCAGCAACGGCGGCGGCGCACCGCCCGUGCGCGUCCAGGACGAGGUCAGGUCGAUUGUGUUUGAAAUCCUAGUGAGAGCGCUGAUUGGGCUAGAGGAAGGAGACGAAAUGCAGUACCUCAGGCAACAAUUUCAAGAAUUCAUUGCCGGUUUGACAUCACUUCCAGUUAAGCUUCCGGGGACUCAACUCUAUAGAUCCCUAAGGGCUAAGAAGAGGAUGACAAAGUUGAUAAAAAUGAUCAUCCAAGAGAAGAGGAAGAAGAUGAUCGCCGAAGGCGAGCAUAUGCGUGGCACUCAUCCACGUGAUAUGAUCGACGUGCUGCUAGGCAAUGACAACGACGAGCUCACUGACGAGCUGAUAUCUGACAACAUGAUCGACUUCAUGAUCCCUGCAGAGGACUCCGUGCCGGUGCUCAUUACCCUGGCAGUCAAGUAUCUCAGCGAAUGCCCACUAGCUCUGCAGCACCUCGAGGUCAGGCCCGAAAGAAAGCAAUGGCCUGUUACUUUUUACCAGUUUUCAAAGUAA